AUGGCGGCUCUUUUCUGGAACCUGGUGCUCUAUCUGGCAGUCUCAGUUUCCUGCACACCCCAAGCCGACGUCGCCCCUGACGUCGCCUCUGCCCCUUCGGUCCGACUUGUCUACCAGUACCAAGAUGCAGUAUGGAUCGAAAACUUGGCGGUUCGUCCAAACGGCUGGAUUAUCCCCGCUACCGCCACAUCCGCUGUCCUCAAGCAGCUGAACCCUGCGACCGGACAACAACAAGUGCUUCAUGACUGGAGCGCCGUAGGCAGUUCCAUUAUGAGCAUUACCGAUAUUCAGCCCGACCUGUUCCUGGCCAACACGAUGUUCUGCGACAUGACUAUCUUAGAGUGUACGCCUGGAACGGGAAUCACAUGGCUGGUGGACCUGCGCAACCCCGGCCCUCCGUGCAUUACAAAGCUUGCCAGCGGCCCUAACAGCGCGAGUCUCCUGAAUGGCGUGGCAGCACUGAACAACAGAAUUGUGCUUAUGGUCGACCAAGCUCUCGGUGGCAUCUGGGGAGUUGAUGUUGUCCACGGCGGUGCUCAACUACUUUUCACCGACCCCAAAAUGACCGAUCCCAAUGGGGCAGGGGGCGGCGUCAAUGGGAUCCGCGUGGUCGGCAGCACCUUGUACUACAACAACCCCAGCAUCGGGACCUUUGGCCGCGUGGCCAUCGACCCUUCGACGGGACGCAAGGUCGGCCCGGUGACGGUGAUCAGCACAGGACUUGACUGUGACGACUUUGAGAUUGACGACCAACAACGGUUCGCCUAUAUCACCAACUCGCCUGACCAGCUCCGCAAGAUCGAUUUGAGGACCGGCGUCCACACCCUUUUCGCAACCGGCCUGCCAGGACCGACCACGGCCCGGUGGAUCAGCAAAAACCAAGUCGGAAAAACUCUGUAUGUGGGAACAACCGGUGGCAUCGACCAGUGGCUGGCGCAGAACGUAACCCUUGGAGGGGCCGUCUAUGCGGUGACGGUGAAGAAAUAG